UAAAGAAGUUACUUUAAUCUAGAUGCCCCUGACUUGAUGGAACACGUCCAGUGACUCCUGGAAGAAGAUCUGGAGGUCUCCAGAGCAGCGUGGUCCCAGGAGGCAUGCACAGAGGGCCACGGCCAGGGCUGAAAGUCUGUUCAGUGCAGCCAUGGGGGACGUCCUGGAACAGUUCUUCAUCCUCACAGGGCUGCUGGUGUGCCUGGCCUGCUUGGCGAAGUGCGUGAGAUUCUCCAGAUGUAUUUUACUGAACUACUGGAAAGUUUUGCCAAAGUCUUUCUUGCGGUCAAUGGGACAGUGGGCAGUGAUCACUGGAGCAGGCGAUGGAAUUGGGAAAGCGUACUCGUUCGAGCUAGCAAAACGUGGACUCAAUGUUGUCCUUAUUAGCCGGACGCUGGAAAAACUAGAGGCCAUUGCCACAGAGAUCGAGCGGACUACAGGGAGGAGUGUGAAGAUUAUACAAGCAGAUUUUACAAAAGAUGACAUCUAUGAGCCUAUUAAAGAAAAACUUGCAGGCUUAGAAAUUGGAAUUUUAGUCAACAAUGUCGGAAUGCUUCCAAACCUUCUCCCAAGCCAUUUCCUGAACGCACCGGAUGAAAUCCAGAGCCUCAUCCAUUGUAACAUCACCUCUGUAGUCAAGAUGACACAGCUAAUUCUGAAAGAUAUGGAAUCAAGGCGGAAAGGUCUCAUCCUGAACAUUUCUUCCGGGAUAGCCCUGUUUCCUUGGCCUCUCUACUCCAUGUACUCAGCUUCCAAGGCAUUUGUGUGCGCAUUUUCCAAGGCCCUGCAAGAGGAAUAUAAAGCAAAAGAAGUCAUCAUCCAGGUGCUGACCCCAUAUGCUGUCUCGACUGCAAUGACAAAGUAUCUAAAUACCAAUGUGAUAACCAAGACUGCUGAUGAGUUUGUCAAAGAGUCAUUGAAUUAUGUCACAAUUGGAGGUGAAACCUGUGGCUGCCUUGCCCAUGAAAUCUUGGCGGGCUUUCUGAGCCUGAUCCCGGCCUGGGCCUUCUACAGCGGUGCCUUCCAAAGGCUGCUCCUGACACACUAUGUGGCAUACCUGAAGCUCAACACCAAGGUCAGGUAGCCGGGUGGUGAGGAGUCCAGCACAAUCUUUUCCUCACCAGUCCCAUGCUGGCUGAAGAGGACCAGAGGAGCAGACCAGCACUUCAACCUAGUCCGCUGAAGAUGGAGGGGGCUGGGGUCACAGAGGCAUAGAAUACACAUUUUUUGCCACUUUA